AUGACCGUCAAGCACUCCUUCCAGACUCAGUUUGCUGUGCCGCUGUCGUGUGAGGGUUGUGUCACGGCUGUUUCAGACCAACUCUACAAGCUCGGAGGCAUCACCAAGGUCGAAGGCAACCUUCAGGACCAGCUAAUAUCUGUCGAGGGAUCGGCUGCGCCAUCGGCGAUAGUCGAGGCCAUACAAGCAACGGGCAGGGAUGCCAUCCUCCGUGGAUCGGGUGCAUCAGACAGUGCCGCCGUGAGCAUCCUUGAAACCUUUGCGGACAGGGUCGAGAGACACGACAAUGAUGAUCAGGACCGCGAUGUAAGGGGACUGGCUCGCAUGGUGCAGGUCAGUCCAGAGAGGACGCUGGUUGACUUGACUGUCCGAGGCGUGGCGCCGGGGACGUACCGGGCUACUAUCCGCGCGUACGGCGACCUCAAAGAUGGCGCCACGUCAACGGGGCCCGUAUGGUCUGGAGAUAAUGGGCAAGACAAAGGAACGCUGGGAGUGGUUCGGGUGGGAGAGGACGGUCGAGGUGCUGCGUUCGUCGACCACCCGUUCCAGAUCUGGGAAGUGAUCGGUCAUGCCAUGGUCCUCACGAGGCAGGAUGAGGAAGCCUCCAAGCCGCUACACAACGACGAGAACACUGUAGUCGGCGUGAUCGCAAGGAGCGCCGGAAUGUGGGAGAACGACAAGACUGUCUGCUCGUGCACGGGCAAGACUCUCUGGGAGGAAAGGAAGGACGAGCUGAAGAAGGGGAUGCUAUGA